GGAAGGAAACCAAGGAUUCAUUUCCUUUUGCGCAUCCAGAUCAUAGUGAACAUGCUGACCACAGACUGUCAUUAUAAAUAAUUGCAUUUAAUUCAACAAUUUAACUUUUGACUUCUGGAUAUUUUGCUUUUUCAGUAUUUUAUCUAUUGUAGCUCAGUCCUAUUCAUUGCUGAUUUUAACGCUACAAACUCCUGUAAUGUGUUCCUGGGAUAAGUUUAUUCAGAAUGAUAUAUGCUAAAAAGAAACGUUUCUUAAAAAAUAAGACCUGUCUUUCUGCAUGUCAUCUGCGAUCUCCUAAUAUGGAAAAUUCAUCUCACGAAAUGUUUUUUUUCCUCAGUACUUUGAAUGUUUUUGCUUCAGAAUAUUUUUGUUUCUUUUUGUUUAUUCUAGAUCAACAGUUGUGAUUGGAUGCACGACUAGUUGAAGGUACAAACUCCUAUGAAGUGUGUCUAACCUGAUUCUGAGGGCUUAGUUUUAUUUAUGCUUCAUAACAAAAGAAUCAUAUUUUAAAAAGUAAGACCGGAUUUAUUCUGAUUUUCUUCUGAGUUCAACAAUGGAAAAUUCUUCUCGUGAAAUUGUUUUUUCCCUCAUUGGACUGAAUGACACAAAAUCAAACAAAGUGAUUUAUUUUUCCUGUUCAUUUCUCAUCUAUUUCUUCACAAUUUUUGUGAAUAUAACUCUGCUUGUGUCUGUCAUGCUGGACAGAGUUCUGCAUGAGCCCAUGUACAUCUUCCUGUGUAAUCUCUGUGUCAAUGGGAUUUAUGGUGCUACAGGUUUCUACCCCAAGUUUCUCCUGGACCUCCUAUCAGACUCUCACGUUAUCUCAUACAGCGCAUGUUUAACUCAACUUUUUACAGUCUACACAUACGUGUUUUGUCAGUUUUCCAUUCUGACAGUAAUGGCUUAUGACAGGUAUGUCGCAAUAUGUAAACCAUUGGAGUAUCACUCUAUUAUGACCCCUGGGAAGGUGUGGAAAUUGCUGCUGGUUCCUUGGCUGAUAUCUUUAUGUGAGACGUCAGUUGCAUCUAUUCUGACUUCUAGGUUGCCUUUAUGUGGAUUCAAAAUUGAUAAACUUUAUUGCACGAACUGGGAUCUGGUGAAGCUCUCCUGUGUAGACACUAGUGUGAAUAAUCUAUAUGGAUAUACGAUACUUAUUAUUCUUUUAUUCCAAGCAUUACUGAUUGUAAUCUCCUACUUCCACAUCAUCAGGACUUGCGUGCAAUCAAAAGCAGAUCAGAGCAAGUUUAUGGAGACCUGCCUGCCCCAUGUGAUCACGCUGACUAGUUUCUAUCUAUUUGCAUCAUUUGAUGUCUUAUAUGCACGCUAUGGAUCCAGCAGCAGCCAGCAGGGUCUCCGUAACUUCUUCUCCAUAGAGUAUCUGAUCAUCCCUCCCCUGCUGGACCCCCUCAUUUACGGCCUCAAGCUGAAGCAGAUUCGGCAGAGUAUCAAGAGGCUGCUCAGCAGGAACAUCAGUGCAGGGACAUAGAUUCCAGAAUGUUCUUCCUCUCAAUAAACAAAAAUGGUGACAGACUGAAAAUUUUGCUUGAUGGACCCUUAAGCUGUAACUGUGACGAUUUCAAAUUUAGUCAUAUUUAGGCAUGACAGGAGUUCUGUGCUAAAUUUGAGUAUCUAAUACUAAUGACAACCUCAAAUGUAUUUGGCAGAAAUUCAGCUGCUGCUGUUAUGCUGGUGAUGAUCAGCCUUCUCACAACUGUGGGCUUAAAGGUGAAGCUGCGCCCCCUCGUGUUCCUUACAGUGACACUACAGGCCUCAGUAUGCAUGGGUGAUACGUUCCAAGAC